AUGCCCGCCCUCAAAGACUUCGCCGUCCUCACCUUUGACGUCUACGGCACCCUGAUCGACUGGGAGACGGGCAUCAUGACGGCGCUGCAGCCGCUCUUCGCCGCAAACGACUACACCACCACCAAGGACGCCCUCCUGCCCGUGCUCGGCCGCCUCGAGGCCGCCCAGCAGGCCGCCACACCCGACAUGCCCUACCAUGACCUGCUGGCCGCCGUGCACCCGCAGCUGGCGUCCGCGCUGGGCCUGACGCGCGCCCCGCCGACCCCGGCCGAGUCGCGCGCUUUUGGCGACAGCGUCGGCGCCUGGCCCGCCUUCCCGGACACGGCGGACGCGCUGGCCCGCCUGGCGCGGCACUACAAGCUCGUCGUGCUGUCCAACGUCGACCGCGCGUCCUUUGCCGCCUCGCGGUCCGGCCCGCUGCAGGGCGCGCACUUUGACCUGGUGCUGACGGCGCAGGAUAUCGGGUCGUACAAGCCCGACCAGCGCAACUUUGCCUACAUGCUGGACAAGGUGGAGCGCGAGUUCGGCGUCAAGAAGGACGGGGUGCUGCAGACGGCGCAGAGCCAGUUCCACGACCACCACCCGGCAAAGAUGGCGGGCGUGAGGAGCUGCUGGAUCGCGCGCGCCGGCGCCGUCAUGGGCAACCGGGAUGAGGAGGUGUUUGACUGGAAGUUUGACACGCUGGGGCAGAUGGCCGACGCCGCCGAGGCUGAGGCAAGUAGAUAG